CCUCCCCCUGGUUGGGCUGUGGGGAGAGGGGCCCUUGCACACACUAGUUUCUAAGAGGACAGUCAGUGGCUCACGGUAGGGCAUGAGCGUGUUGCUCAGCCCGAUCGAGAUUUGGUCCCUGUUACGGAUGGGACGAGACUCCUCGCCGCCGCCGCCUGAGCGGAGCGCGCAGUGGUGGUAACCAGCGUGGCGACCUUAGCUGAGCAGCACCCGCCCACACUUGGCUGGGCCGAGAGGUGACUCAAACUUCGAUCCUUUCUUGAUCCAUGCUAUCCUUUCGGAUAAGUCCAGACUUGCAGAGCCCCCAGAGUGGGAGGGUUUCCAUUCUGUCCGAGCUUUUGAUCCUGGGUGGCAAUGAUAAGCAAGACAUUUCUUUUCCAGCCCUCCAAACAAAUCUUUAACCAAGAACUUUGCCCGGUACUACCCUAGGGGGCGCGCGGUAGGGAGGAGAAGAAGGAUGGCCACAAACUUGGGAAAGAGGCAUCUAUGGACACUUUCCUUUUCGUUUCUAGUCCCUCCGUAUGAAAGAGGGAGUGUAGACAGUCUCUGUACGCCCUUGUGGUUCUCCUGAUUACCAGAGAUCCUGGAGCCUGGAAACUAUUGUGCUCCCAGGCAUUAAUUUGUUCCUAGGAAGGCUGGGAUGCAACAGCCUGGAGAACUUGAAUCCGGGGCUUCCACCCACCCUGUUCCAAUGAGCCAUGUAAAGGCCAAAGCUGAUGUUGGUUAUCUUAAAUGACAGACUGGGCAAGAGACAGAAUCCAAAUCAGUUUUCUUCUUAAUAUCUUCUGGCACAAAGCAGAGGCAAUGUAUCUGAUUAGGUUCACCAUCCUUUCUCAGGGCUCUGAGCCUAGGAAUUGGGGCUACUUCCCGAAGAGGGCUGGGCUCACCCUGGAAGUCCCCUGCCAAAGCAAGUUCUAAGACAGGUUCCAUAGGAGCAGACCAUGGGAGGGACCUGGCAGAGCAGGUGACUUUCCUUGUGGCUUUGAAGUUUUCCAAUACAUGGCAGAGGCUGGAAAGGGCCGCCCACAGUACCUGCCGAUCUCUGUGUGUUCUGGAAACAGUACACAGGUAGUUGCCUUUGUGAGUACAAGGUUUGGGUGUUGAGGAAUAGGAGUUACCCAGAAGCUGGGAGGGAAGUCAAAGGUGAAUCACCGAUCACCAGCUUGUUCUGGAGUUUGAGCCUUUGUGCCGAGAGCUGCUGGAAGAAACAGUACCAUCUUGGUGCCACCAUGUUGUGCUCCCUGCUGCUGCUGCUCCUGGCCACGGGCAGGGUGCAGACAACUCGGCCGUGCUUCCCGGGAUGCCAGUGUGAAGAAGAGACUUUUGGCCUCUUUGACAGUUUCAGCCUGACUCGGGUGGACUGCAGCAGCCUGGGCCCCCACAUCGUGCCUGUGCCCAUCCCUCUGGACACAGCCCACCUGGACCUGUCUUCCAACCGGCUAGAAACUGUGAAUGAGUCCGUGCUGGCAGGGCCAGGCUAUACCACGUUGGCUGGCCUGGAUCUCAGUCACAACCUGCUCACCAGCAUCACGCCCACUGCCUUCUCCCGCCUACGCUAUCUGGAGUCCCUUGACCUCAGCCACAAUGGCCUGGCAGCCCUGCCAGCAGAGGUUUUCACCAGCUCCCCUCUGAGUGAUAUAAACCUGAGCCAUAACCGACUACGAGAGGUCUCAGUUUCCGCCUUCACCACGCACAGCCAGGGCCGGGCGCUGCAUGUGGACCUAUCCCACAACCUUAUCCACCACCUGCUGCCCCAUCCAGCCCGGGCCAGCCUGCCAGCACCUACCAUUCAGAGCCUGAACCUGUCCUGGAAUCGGCUCCAGGCUGUGCCCGACCUCCGAGACCUGCCCCUUCGUUACCUGAGCCUGGAUGGGAACCCUCUGGCUGCCAUCAACCCAGGUGCCUUCAUGGGAUUGGCAGGCCUCACCCACUUGUCACUGGCCAGCCUACAGGGUAUCCUCCAGCUGGCCCCUCACGGCUUCCGUGAGCUCCCAGGCCUGCAGGUCCUGGACUUGUCAGGCAACCCCAAGCUCAAGUGGGCAGGAACUGAGGUGUUUUCAGGCCUGGGCUUGCUGCAGGAGCUAGACCUGUCGGGCACCAGCCUGGUGCCCCUACCUGAGAUGCUGCUCCAUCACCUCCCUGCUUUACAGAGUGUCAGCGUAAGCCAAGAUGUGCGGUGCCGGCGCCUGGUGCGGGAGGGCGCCUACCACCGGCAGCCGGGCUCCAGCCCUAAGGUGCUCCUACGGUGUGGAGACACCCAGGAAUCUACUGUCAGGCGCCCAGACAUCUUGUGACGAAUGGUGUGGCCCGGGACCACUUGACAGACCGCUGUCCUGGGCUUGCUCAGGUCCCAGCUAACUUAUAUUUUAACGUGCCAAUGCCUGUGGAGAGUUUACAGGCCUAAGUGGCGGCAUCUCAGUAAAGUUGUGGGGCCAGGGAUAGUUUUCAUACCUGGGGCCUGUACCCAGUAACAGAAUCUACCCAUGUGUCUCAGUGGCUCACCUCCCAGAACUGUGAGCAGCGGGUCCCUUCCUGAGCACUGCCUCAGUUGUCCCUAAGUGCCUUCCCUUUUGCCUGGGCUGACCUGACUCAUGAUGUCAGGAGGGUGGGCACCACUACUGCAAAUACCGAAGCAGGUCUCCCGGGCCCAAGGUCCCUUAGCCCAGUAUCUAGUCACAUCUUUGCUCUGGGCCCAUGAGGCCUGCUCCUUCCUUUUCUCAUGGAAUCCUGGGUAGAAUCUUCAUUCCAGGAGGACCUAGAGAGAAAAUCAAAUCCGCCCUCCCUGGGGGGCAGAUAUGAAUAACGUACCAAGAGUAGCCAACCUGCUGACCUGGAGCUUUGGCAAGGUGUGAAGAGUCCAGCCUCCUGCUGAGGUUAGGGUCUGUGUGCUUUCCUCUCUGUCGCCCAGCCCUUCCCCUGCUGGGCGCCCUGUCACUGCUGUCUGAGCUCCUUCCCGCUGUGCCCAGGAGCUGGCAACAGCAAGGUUGCAGAGGUGGGACCCUAGGUCCAGCAGCCGGCUUAUGGUAUGAGGGAGUCAGCCCACCUCUCGGAGCCUCAGGAAGCGUGGGACAUAUUAGUCCCAAGCCUGUUAGUUUCUUGCUCUGGGGUGGCGGUCCCGCAGCAUCAAGACUGGAAACGUGCACAUUUUCCCCGGGGACACCGUCUCAAGAUGCUUUCCUCAGAAGUCAGUGCAAUGGUGGCCGUCUGGCCGUGAGCUCCCGUGGACUUGGUGUCCAUGGGCCACCGUCCGAAGGCCCGUUUCACCCUCCCCGGAGUGCAGCAGGAAGGGUCUCCUUCCAUGUUCAUUAUGCUCAUCCCCAGGGCCAUGUCUCAGCUCUCCAGCCUUGGGUUCUUUCCUUUGUCUUCAUUUUAUAAGAAUCAUUGCCUUUUUUUUUUUUUUUUUUAAUGAACUGUCACUUUCAACCCCCUCCUCUGCUGGCCGGGGAUGGAAAAGAAGAUAAAUGUAUUUGUUCACUUUUGUAAGACUAUGUGCCGGGUGUGUGCUGGGGUUCGUGGGGAGAAGCUGGCUAUCAGUGACCGUGUGGGCAUUGGGGCUGGUCCCACAGGAUGCUAAUGGGUCAGUGAGAUCUCUGUGUUCCCACACCAGCCCUAGCCGAGCCCCUGACCGGUCUUUGGUUUAAUAAACACAUGUAAGAGUUCUUUC